AUGUGGACAGGUACUGAUUCAAGUGGAGUUCUUUGGAUUUGUUUGGGCUUAGGAGUAAUUUUAAUGCUCACUCUGUUCACCUUAAUGGUCUUGUUUAAAUGGAAGCACCUAAAGCAACUAAAAGAAAAACUGAAAACCACAGACUCUUCUGUGGAGCUGAAUAAUAUUUUCAAGGCUAAUACUGAAAGCAGUGUGAACACAGAAGGAAUUAGACACUCACUUCAAAGUGAAACAUUGAUGUACUCAGUGGAAGAAUGCACUUGCAGUGACUGUGGCUUGGUAAAACCUCAGACUGGCUGUGAAACUUCAUUUCCAUUACCAGCUACAGAAGAAGGAGCUACUGUUCUAGUUACCACAAAAUCUUUUGAUUAUUGCAACUAUAUUCUGGGUGCUGGGUGACUAUGAGAGAAGUGUUU